GGCUCUCUAUCUAUCCAAUGGCGUAUAUUCCAAGAGCUCGCCAACCCAACCACCACUUUUUCUUCUCCUUCUUGUUUGCCCAAAAACCACAUUCCCAUUUCUUCUUCUUCUUCUUCAAGAUUGCCAUGCUCUUUGAUUUGGGUUUUUCGCUUUUUGUUUCUUCUCUCUAGCCUCUUCUUCCUUGGCCUUCAUUACCCUGUUCCUUUUGUAAAGUUUCUGUCUUUUUGAGUGGAAAUCUGAGAAUGGCUGUGGCUAUGGCUUCUUGGGGUCUCGGGAAGUACCUCUGUGAUCAUACUUGUGUUCUGAAAGCCUCUGAUCGUGUUGCAAGUGGGUCUUUUAUCAGGGGCUCCAUUGGGUUUUCCACCAAACGUUUCUUCAUUCUUCAUAAGACAGGAUGGUUAUCUUCAGUCAGUGCAAUCACUCCACAAGCAUCAUCAGCUACUGCUCUGGAGGAUGCAAGUCCUAGUGAUAGUGAUACCAUCCCAACUCCUGUAGUUAUUAUCAACCAAGACUCUGAUCCAAGUGCAACUAUUGUGGAGAUAACUUUUGGGGAUCGGCUUGGAGCUCUUCUCGAUACUAUGAAUGCACUUAAAAAUCUUGGACUCAAUGUUGUUAAGGCCAAUGUUUUUUUGGAUUCUUCUGGGAAGCACAACAAGUUUGCCAUCACUAGAGCUGACACUGGUAGAAAAGUAGAUGAUCCAGAGUUGCUUGAGGCAAUUCGCUUAACAAUUAUAAAUAACCUGAUUGAGUAUCACCCGGAAUCAAGCGGCCAAUUAGCAAUGGGAGUAGCCUUUGGAGUAAUGCCACCAAAACAACAGGUUGAUGUGGAUAUAGCAACUCAUGUAAAGGUCUAUAGUGAUGGCCCUGACCAGAGUUUACUACUUGUGGAGACAGCUGAUCGCCCUGGAUUAUUGGUGGAUCUCGUGAAGAACAUCACCGACAUCAAUGUUUCAGUUAAAUCAGGAGAAUUUGACACAGAGGGUUUGUUAGCUAAGGCAAAGUUUCAUGUUAGUUACAGGGAUAAAGCCAUAAGCAAGCCUCUUCAGCAGGUUCUUGCUAAUAGCUUACGAUAUUUUUUGAGGCGCCCAACAACGGAGGAGGCGAGUUUUUGAUUUGUUUAGAAGACCAAAUCCCGGACAAUAUAUACAAGGGAUUUUGGUAUUGUCAGUUAACAACUUUAGGGAAACUGUAGGAUGUUGUCAUUUCCACAUUUUAAGGGAUAUAUACAAACAGAAUAGUGAAAAAAAAAAAUAAAAAAAAAAUCCAACAAAUCUGAAUUUGGUAAAUUUGUUGCUAAAAUAGAGAUGUAAAAUGAUAACACUUUGUUAUAGUGAUAGCAUUAUAAUAACCCUUUGUGCUUUUAUGCAUUUGCUGA